UCAAGUCAAAGUCAAUGAAUCACAACCCUCAUCUCAUUCAUUCCCCUUCAUCAUCAUCAUCAUCAUCAUCAUCAUCAUCAUCUUUUUUCACUAACUCACCCACUUCUCUCUCACUUUCUUUCAUUGUUUAUUCUUCUUAAAGGUGACUAGUUGGCAGCACUACCUACCAGCUUCAUUCCCACUCCCACUACUGAAGCUCUGAUCUCCAUUUUUCACUCCAUUCUCUCAAUUUCCCCCUUCAAUUUCCCUUCUUUUUCCCACCCCAAAUCCUUCAAUUUCACUUUUCCACUCCUUUUGGAAUGUGGGUUCUUCUGUUUUUCUCCUUUUCUUUCAUUUUCUUUCACUUCUUGGGAUCUGAGUACCCCUGAUUUUGGUAACUCGUUUUACUCUUACCCUUUUCUGCAAUUUCUCUCUUGUGUAAAUUCUUGGUCUGUGCUUAAUUCUUGUAUUUUUGUCAGUUGGGCUUGAAAGGUGUAACUAGUUUUAAGUACUUUUGUUUCGGGGUCUGUUCAUUUGAAUUGUGUAUUGGGUUUUUUUUUUCCCACAGAGAUUUUGAGCUGCUUUGUGGGUUUUGAAGCAAUGCAGGCUACCUUUUUGAUAAUAUUACUCUUUUUGUUAGUAAAUGUGUUGGGACAGUCUGAUUUUGCUGCACUUUUGGAGCUGAAGAAAGGCAUUGUUAAAGACCCUUCUGGGAAACUUGAUUCUUGGGACUCAACGUCCUUGGAUUCUGAUGGUUGCCCCAGUAAUUGGUUUGGGAUUGUUUGUGUUAAUGGCCGUGUUACAUCUCUUACUUUUAAUAAUGCUGGUUUAGUUGGUGACUUUAACUUUUCAGCCAUUUCUGGUCUUUCUUUGCUUCGUAAUUUAUCACUUUCAAACAACCAGUUCACGGGGACUAUUGCGAAAGUUGGUUUAUUUAAGUCACUUGAAUUCUUGGAUCUAUCCCGCAAUAGGUUUCGUGGUACGGUACCUAGUUUGUUGAUUGGUUUGGUUAACUUGGUAUCGCUCAAUUUUUCUUCAAACCAAUUUGAAGGGACUUUCCCUACUGGUUUUGGUAAACUUACGGACUUGAAGUAUGUAGACGUGCAUGGUAAUGGCUUCUCGGGGGAUAUCACCGGUUUUUUGUCUCAAAUGGGCAGUGUUGUAUAUGUUGACUUGAGUAGCAAUCGGUUUACUGGUUCGAUGGAUGCUGGAGUUGGGAAUCCGUCUUUCAUUUCCUCGAUUCGGUAUCUCAAUAUUAGCCAUAACCUGUUGACUGGAGUGCUUUUUCCUCAUGAUGGGAUGCCAUAUUUUGAUAGCUUAGAGGUCUUUGAUGCUAGUAACAAUCAGUUUGUUGGCAUCAUACCGGACUUCAAUUUUGUGGUCUCUCUACAAACGCUAAUACUUGGAAGAAACAAGUUAUCUGGGUCACUUCCAGAAGCUCUCUUACGAGAUAGGUCAAUGCUCUUGACCGAAUUAGAUCUUAGCCUUAAUGAGCUUCAAGGUCCAGUUGGGAGUAUUACAUCAACAACUCUGAAGAAGCUUAAUAUAUCUUCAAACAAAUUGACAGGUUCCUUGCCCGCCACGGUUGGGCGAUGUGCUGUUAUAGAUCUUAGUAACAAUAUGCUUUCAGGUGAUCUAUCUCGGAUUCAAAGUUGGGGAAAUCAUGUAGAAGUAAUUCAGUUAAGUUCAAAUUCAUUGACAGGAACGUUAUCAAAUAAAUCUUCUCAAUUCUUAAGGCUUACUUUGUUGAAUAUCUCCAAUAACUCAUUGGAGGGUGUUCUUCCAACUGUGUUGGGUACAUAUCCUGAACUCGAGGUUAUUGAUUUAAGCCAUAACCGGCUUAAUGGUCCCGUCCCUUCUACCCUUUUUCACUCAUUGAAGUUGACUGAUCUUAACCUCUCAGGCAACAAUUUUACUGGUCCUAUACCACUCUAUGAGAGUAUAGAUUCUACGUCAAGUUCCUCUUUGCAGAGUUCAAGCCUGAAUUCUCUUGAUCUUUCACGUAACUCAUUGACCGGUCGCUUACCGGUGGAAUUGAGUAAGUUGCACAGCUUGGUAUAUCUCAAUCUGUCCAAAAAUUACUUUGAUGGCAUCAUCCCGGAUAACCUUCCAAAUAGUUUGAAGGGCUUUGAUGUGUCGUUUAAUAAUCUAUCUGGACAUUUCCCUGGUCUACCGUCAACAAUGCACCGGGCUCGUAUGAAACCAGUAGUUAAAAUUGUUCUCAUUGCUGGCUUGAUCGUGGUUGCUGUAUCUGUAGUUCUUUUUUGUAUUAUAUUGUAUUACAGAGCCCAAAGGCUCGACCGUAGGAGCACUUCGACCAACAAUGGUAAGGAAGGUGCAGUGGAAGAAGCUUCUUCUGUCACUAGUCAAUCUGAAACUGAUAAAAAGAAGAAUGCAUCAAUACCUCCAUCUGUUUUUCAUCAAGAUUUUCUGCCACCAUCUCACCGAGUGGAGGGUCGUGUAGGUGGUGACAUUUGGUCAGUUUCAGACAAGGCUAGAGAUUUUGGCUACCAUGAAUCAUUAGGAAAAGGAGAAGGGAUAUCCUCACCCAUGUCUCUCAUGUCAUCUUCAAAUCCAUCGCCUUCAAAGAUGCAACAACAUCCAGAUCAUCCCCGGGCACUAAAAGUUCGCUCUCCUGAUAAAUUGGCUGGGGAUCUACAUCUUUUUGAUGGCUCCUUGAUGUUCACAGCGGAAGAACUUUCUCGUGCUCCAGCCGAAGUUGUAGGGAAAAGUUGUCAUGGGACAUUGUACAAGGCAACACUCGACUCUGGACAUGUAUUGGCUGUCAAAUGGCUGAGGGAGGGAAUGGCAAAAGGAAAAAAGGAAUUUGCCAGAGAAGUGAAGAAACUGGGGAGCAUCAAACACCCAAAUUUAGUUUCCAUCAAUGGAUACUAUUGGGGGCCGAGGGAUCACGAGAAGCUUGUUAUAUCAACUUUUAUAAAUGCACAGUCUUUGGCUUUCUAUCUUCAGGAGAUGGAGAGAGGAGGAGUUUUGCCCUUAUCUCUACUGGCCCGUCUUAAAGUUGCUUCGGACAUUGCUCAUUGUUUAAACUACUUUCACAAUGAGAAGGCUAUCCCACACGGCAACUUGAAAUCCUCGAAUGUUUUGUUAGAAACUUCAACUAUGAAUGCACGACUUACAGAUUACAGUCUACACCGUAUAUUAACUCCCGCUGGCACAGCAGAGCAAGUUUUGAAUGCAGGUGCUUUAGGUUAUCGGCCACCCGAAUUCGCAAGCUCGAGCAAGCCAUGUCCAUCAUUGAAGAGUGAUGUCUAUGCCUAUGGAGUCAUCUUGUUAGAGCUCCUAACAGGAAGAAGUUCAGGGGAAAUAGUUUGUGGGAUCCCUGGAGUUGUUGAUCUAACGGAUUGGGUAAGGUACUUGGUCCGAGAAAACCGGUUCGACGAGUGCAUCGACCAGUCAAUUCUGGACCUCAAUGGCGACGAAAAGCCACCAAAACAACUUGAAGAUAUGCUUCAGAUGGCUCUAAGAUGCACUCUAUCAGCAGCUGAGAGGCCUGACAUGAAAACUGUCUAUGAAGAACUUUUAGUGAUUGUGCAGUAGAAGGAAAAUCACGGUACAGAAGCUUUAACUCAAGCUUUUUUUUUCUUUUUUAAAUUGCUAACAUCAUUGUUUUUACAUCAUCAAUAAUCUGUCGUUUUCUCCAAUUUGCACCAUUUUUCGAGUUGAUCCAAGAUGUAAUUUGUUCUAUAAACUUAAGUUAAUUGCAAGUACAUAGUCCAUAAGGUAUUAGCAGGAGUUGAGUUUGUGUAUACAGUUCAUGAAGGAGUUGGAAUUUAAUUUAGGCCAUUGGUUGUUCUUAAACCUCUCAGCUCCUAAUGAUUAAUUAACAUUAUUUGAAA